ACAUAUUCUAAUUCCUAUACACGUCUCUUCAAAUUACAACUCCAUUUUUCACACAUGCGUAGUUGCGUACACAUAAAAACACAAGCUCACAUAUGUUUAGGGUCAGCUUAAUUAGCUUAAUACCCCUCUAAUCCCCGCAACCUUUCACAAUCUCACACACCCUCUCUUUUUUCUUUCAAAGGGACCCAAAAUAUCAAAAACAAGUCUCUCCCUUUCUCAUCUUCAAAGCUAAGACAAAAACACAUUUUUAAAUUAGGUGUAUAUAUGGUUCCACCAAAUAUUAUCAAUUUAUCAGUAUUGUAUUAUUAUCCUUAAUUCCUAAUUUACCAAACCAAAAAACUUGGAAAAAUGAAGCCUAAAGUUGCUCUUUUUUUUCUGGCAAAUUGUUGGGUUUUCUGGGAAAUUUCAAUUAACUCAUCUGCUGAAAUUAUUAGUAGAACUGAUUUUCCUCAUGGAUUUAUCUUUGGCACUGCUUCUUCAGCAUACCAGUUUGAAGGUGCUGUGAAUGAAGGAAAUAGAGGGGAGAGUAUAUGGGAUACUUUUUCAAGACUUCCUGGGAGGAUUUUGGAUUUUAGCCAUGCGGAUGUAGCUGUUGAUCAAUACCAUAGAUUUAAGAGUGAUGUAGAGUUGAUGAAGGAUAUGGGAAUGGAUGCUUACAGAUUCUCAAUAUCAUGGCCAAGAAUUUUCCCUAAUGGUACAGGAGAACCAAACCCAGAAGGGAUAAACUACUAUAAUAAUCUUAUUGAUACUUUGCUUGAGAAAGGAAUCCAGCCCUAUGUAACCUUGUACCAUUGGGAUCUUCCACAAGUUCUUGAGGAUCGAUAUGAAGGGUGGUUAAGCAAUCAAAUUAUUGAAGACUUUGAGAAUUAUGCAUCAACAUGCUUUGAAGCUUUUGGGGAUCGAGUGAAAUACUGGAUCACCUUCAACGAACCCCAUGGUUUUUCUAUCAAUGGCUAUGAUUCCGGUGUUCAAGCUCCAGGAAGGUGCUCAUUUCUUGGUCAUUUGUAUUGUAAAAGGGGGCAGUCAUCCAUUGAGCCUUACAUGGUAGCUCACAAUAUCCUCCUCUCUCAUGCUGUCGUCUACCAUACUUACCAAAAGAAUUUCAAGGAUAAACAAGGAGGAUCAAUUGGGAUUGCAUUGGAUGCAAAAUGGUAUGAGCCAAUAACAAGUAAAAAAGAGGACCAAGAUGCAGCACAACGGGCUAUGGAUUUUUCGCUUGGAUGGUUCCUGGAUCCCCUGUUCUUUGGUCAAUAUCCAAAUUCAAUGCAGAAACUUGUGGGAAGCAGACUUCCUGAGAUCUCACCUGAGAUAUCCAAACUACUGAAAAAGUCACUGGAUUUUGUUGGCAUUAACCAUUACACCACACUAUAUGCUCGGAAUGACAGAACCCGGUUCAGGAAAUUUGUACUUCAAGAUGCCUCAACUGAUUCUGCUGUCAUUACUUCCCCUUAUAGGUUUGGUGUACCGAUUGGAGAAAGGGCUGCUUCGAGGUGGCUAGUCAUUGUGCCCUGGGGAAUUCGUUCAUUGACAAGAUAUGUGCGGGAUAGGUAUAACAAGCUACCAAUGUUCAUUACUGAAAAUGGCGUGGAUGAAGAGGACAGGCCACAUGUAACUUUAAAUGAUGCCUUACAAGAUGAUAAAAGGAUGGAUUUUCACAGAGACUACCUCUCGAACCUCUCUGCUGCCAUAAGGCAAGAUGAGUGUGACGUACGAGGAUACUUUGUAUGGUCUUUGCUAGAUAACUGGGAGUGGAAUCUUGGCUAUACACAUCGGUUUGGACUUUACUACGUGGAUUACAAGAACAACCUUACAAGAAUCCCUAAGACUUCUGUCAAUUGGUUCAAAAGUUUCCUUAGGUCUAAUGAUAAUAGUCUUCACCAAGAUUCCUAAUUUUUCUUUGGUAUUUCUUCUACUCUUCACCUUUGAUACUUGAAUAUGCAAGCACAUCUGAAUGUACUUGCAUGAGGAUCAUUAAGAAAUUUCCAAGUAAUUAGAGAGAACAACUGUUUUAUUAGAAAUUCGUUCACUGGAAAUAGUACUUAGGGUACCUUCGUGAAUAUGUGGUUGUACAGUGUCAGGAAUCAGGAUCAUUUAGAAGUUGCAAGAACAUAUGUACACAUAUGCUUGAUGAAUGAAAGUCUUCUUACUUUGUUUCAGCA